GCACAUGUCCAACUACAGCGUCAUAACAGGAGGGACCCUUUUCAAAGGCAGAUGUCGACAUGUCUGCAGUCUGGGUGAAGAUCUGUGCCAUUCUUUGUCUGUGCUAUUCAGCAGAGACGAAAGAAGUGGUUUGGAGAGAAGUUGGAGAAUCCGUCACAAUCCGGUGUAGAUCCAGGACAAUGAAGGAUCGAUCUCUGCAUUUUAAAAGGGGUCUCUGGGAGGAUAUGGAAAUUGCUCAAAUAACUAACAAAAAAAAAUUGACCAGAACACAGAAAGACAGACUGAAAAUUUCUGAAACAAAAUUAGAUGUUGUUAAAACUAUGACUGACAGAGUUCAGCAUAAUGGAACAUACCCAGACAUAGAUUUUCUUCUUAAAAACCUGAGUGUCAAUGACACAGGAGCAUACUGGUGUUUGUAUUUGAAAGACACAUCAAGCAACAGAGAAAUGAUAAAAGGUGAGGGAUCCGUGAUCGUUGUGGUAAAAGAAAACAGUUGUGCCAGAGCAAAAGCGGUGCAGGGCUCUGCUGAAGCGGUGCAGGGCUCUGUCGAAGCGGUGCAGGGCUCUGUUGAAGCGGUGCAGGGCAUGUUCAUGGAUGAACCAACCAUGAACAUGCCCUUGGUGUAUGCUGUCCCUGUUGCAGUCGUCUUCCUUGGCAUCAUAUUGAUCUUCAUCAUUUGGAUCAAGCGCAGGACCAAGUCCUCAGACAUCACAGUUGAGCAGACAUGUGUCUAUGAGGAGACCGCCCGUUCUUGUGUGGAUGAAGAGCAAGUUGAGGCUGAAGCUGAGGAUGAGACUGAGAGGGUGCAGAUUGCAAACCCUACUGAAUCACUCAACACCCUGGACCACAGCGUCAAAAGUGAUGCGUGUUAAACUACAUCGCUUGUCAGACCACUCAGUUUUCUAAACCAAGUUUUUGCAUGUGUGCAAAAGUGUAAGCUGAUGCCGCACUUGAACAAAUUGUUGUGUACAGUUAAAGAUGAGGGGGGUAAAAAAUCAUUAACAUGACUAGCAUUUACACCUGCAUUGUUUUGUCUUUGUAUGUUCCUUCUUUUUUUUACCAUUUUAUUCUCAGUUUUAAUAAGAUUUUACUUGAGUAGAUGUGUACAAUUAUAAUUUUAGAUAAGAUAUUACAAACUAUUAAUGCAGAAAAAAAAAAGAUUUGAAGAAAUCAAUAUCAAGAAUGUUUAUAUCAAUCAGGAAGGAAAAAAUGAAGGAGGAAACAAUAAGUAAGGACUUUCGAGAAAAAUAAAGCAAAUGAUUUUGUAUUUUUCUUUCAUGUUGUGUCCCUUGGUCAAAGUCACACACUGUAACUCAUGAAUAAAGAAUACAUGUAAAGCAUAAA